ACGCGAAAGAGCAAAACAAAAAUGGCGACCACAACAGAGAGUUGUUUUUGGUGUGGUCAGAAUUUCCAGGACGAAUUUGUGGUGAAAUGUGGUGCCUGUGCAAACUCAUAUCACUGCAGAUGUGUCGACACGUUAGAAGUUGUGGCUCAGGAUUUUCAAGACUACCACUGUUCACAGUGCGUUGCUCUCGUGGGACCCACCAUUUACAAAGAUCCAGCCAACUAUCACAGACACGACCGGUAUGAAGUUGGAGCCGAGAAUCUUCCGACUCAAACAGGCACUCCACAUUUUAUUUCCGAGCUGAAGACUCGUAUUUUCUGCAGUGCUGGUGAGAUCGUGAAACUCGUUAACGGAACUGACUUCAAUGUAAAUUAUCUCUCGGAAAUUGGAUUCAUGAAUCCAAUCCUGCUCGAGCCAGCGGAAAGCAUAGAGGGCUUCAGGAUGGUGCCUACCAAUUUUGAUUUUCCAAAUGUGCCUCACGUUAUAGAUGGUAAUAUAGAAUUCACAGCGAUUUGUUGUACAAGUCAGUCUGCCACACGACUCACAGUGGAUGAAUACAUAAAAUACUACAUUAGCGGUGACAGGAGACGGAUUUUGAACGUUCUUAGCCUUGAGUACAACCACACAGAGCUGAACAAAUUAGUUGUGGCGCCCUUGGUCAUCCGUCAAAUGGACUGGAGAAAUUGUGUAGUGUCAGCAAGCGAAUGGCCGCAGACUUUUGACGACCGGCCCGUAAACAACUGUCUCAUAAUGAGUGUGGCGGACUGCUACACCGACUUCCACAUGGAUUUUGGUGGCUCUUCAGUUUGGUAUCAUCUGCUCAAGGGAGAAAAGGUGUUCUAUCUGAUUCCACCAACGCAGCCUAACAGAGCAAUGUACCAGCGCUGGCUCAACUCACCCAAGAGACUUGAAAUGUUCUUUGCAGACCAGGUUGAAAAGUGCUAUCAGUUUGUGUUGAGAGCUGGCCAAACCCUUGUACUGCCCGGCGGGUGGAUCCACGCUGUUCUCACGAUGCAGGACUCCAUAAUGUUCGGAGGCAAUUUUCUGACCGAUUUUAACAUUGAACUUCAACUCUCGGCAUAUGCGAUUGAGAUGGCCUCACACACUCCAGCCGGUUUCUGUUUCCCCAACUUUGAAGGCCUGCACUGGUUCGCAGCAGACUCGAUCACCAGUCGACUACGGCUGAUGCACCAGAACGGCCUCAAGUGUCCAGACUAUUUGCUCAGAGGGGUCAAGGCUCUCAACACACACCUCAAAGUAUGGAAAAAUAAGGACACGCAGAAGGGCCGGAAUGUAAGUGUUCCGACGCCAUUGGAUGGAGCAAAUGUACUUAGAGAACUGAACAAGGCUAUCCGUAACGCAGAACGGCUAAUCAACACCUUGAAUCCACCAAAGCCUGAGCGGGAAUCCAAGAGGAUGAAGAAGAAGCCCAUUGACAAGGACUUUGUUGAUCUCUCACAGCCUCUUUCAGCCAAAGUCACACAAGAGAGAAUUAGUCUGAAGGUGAUAAGUAACAAAAUGGAUUUUGUAUCGGAGACGUCCAGCUUCGACCACUACCCUGGUGAACAAAAAGAAGAACCUAUACCAGAAUUGAAAGCUGAGCGUGUAAGCAGUCUGAAGUUACGGUUCACUUUGGGAGACAAAUCCCUGGCUGAAACCUGCGUGCCUGCUGUCAAAGCGAAGGAGCCAAGAGAUCCAUACGCCUUCGACGCCAGCGACGAUGACCAGUUGAAAAUUGACGAGAGACCCAAGAAAAUUCGCAAGUCAGACAAAAAGUUGCCGAUGGAGGAGGUGCUAGAGCACCCGGUAUUUCUGCAGGACGCUGUGAUGGCCCCUGUCGAAACGGUGGGCACUCUUGAGUUGGGCGGUGAGGUUGACGUCGUAGCCUACGUUGAUCCAAGCAAGUCACGUAGCAGCAAGGAGUCCAAGGGCAGCAAGAAAAGGAAAAAAGAAAAAUCUGAGAAACUUUUCACCAAGCCAGAACCGCCAAAAAUUCUGCUAAAACCGCCUUCAAAGCCGCAGGAAACUAUCAGCCUGGGCACUGUCUUGCCUACAAUUGGACGCAUGCAAUUAUUGGUGAAUGAGCGGCCAUCAAAAUCGCAACAGCCAAUUCUGCAUCAUCAGCCUGCUGCAGCAAAAGCGACCGUACAGCAGUCAUUCGCUGAACCAAUAGCCCCCGUGCAUGGGCCAAUACUUAGAAUAAACUUGCGAUUGCCGGAAAAGAGGAGCAGGGCUCCUGUGGCUGAGGAACCUGCUGAGGAGCCUGCCACCAAUGUGCAUCAGGAUGAAGACUAUGUGUACCCGCCGUUGGACGGUUCUGACGAUGAGGACUUUGUGUUCAAGCCAAGGGGUCGGCGCAAGAUGGACGAGGCGUGGAACCCCAAGGCCAGGGUGGGGCCCGUCGUUCCUAAGAAAGACAGACCAAUCAGGGAAGGCACCAAGAAGCAGGCGGUUGAGAAGGGCCUAGAGGCGGCCGCAGCCAAGAGAGCCGGACAGCCGGCUGCCAAAAGGGCGUACAUCAGGAAGAAGCCACGGCAGGCGCCAAAGAGCAGUUCACCAGAGGUGAACACAACCACGGCUCACGGACCCGGAAACUUGGUGAUCGCUCCCAUCGUGUCAGCGGUAAAAAAGCAAGAUAAGGCUAAAAAGCCAAAGAAAGGAAUGAAAACACCCAAGCAGCGGCUCGGAAAGAUCUUGAAAAUCCACCGAAUGAACCUCAACUAGGCUUAAUUCUUUUUUUAAUAGCUUUUUUCAGUUCCUACAAAAAUCUUUUCUCUUUCCAAUUGGAACCUUUUGAUAUGAAAUGAAUGAUGUUUAAUAAAUCUGGUAUGAGUGG